AUGGUGUGUGGUGAUGUUGGAACAUGGUUGGUUUCAUUGUUCAUAAUCAAUGCGUUGAAGAUGGGGAAGGAGAGGUUAAAUGAGGAAGAGGCGUUGAAGAUGGAGAACUUCCGCGUGUGUGCUUCGUGCAGAGUUUGGGAUGGCAAAGCUAAGAAGCCUUAUGAAAGACCACAUUUUUUCAGUCACGGGAUCCUGAAGUGCUUUGAGUGUGGCGGAAAUCAUCAUAGAAGGAAUUGUCCCAAACUCGUGAAUAUCAAGAAGGAAGAUAGGACAUGUUUCAUGUGCAACAAGCCUGGACACAUAUCUCGUGACUGCCCUCAAAGAAAAGCGUCUGGUACGAUGCCUCAGAAGACUUUUGACGGUGGGAAGUCACAGGCAUCAGGCAGGGUGUUUGCCAUGUCUGGGACUGAAGCAGAGAAGUCAGGUAAUUUGAUACUUGAUACUUGUUCUUUGUUUGAAGAAAAUGUACUUGUUUUGUUUGAUUCGGGUGCGACGCACUCGUUUGUGUCCUUGCUAUGUGUGGAGAAUCUUGGUCUCUCUGUUCUUGAUAUGGGGUGUGAACUAAUUGUCUCUACUCCAACAUCUGGGCAAGUUUCAACCAGUUUAGUCUGUGUUGGGUGUCCGAUUGUAGUGAGAGGACAUAAGUCCAGGGCCAACUUGGUAUGUCUUCCGCUUAAGGGUUUGGACGUGAUCUUAGGGAUGGAUUGGUUAGUUGAUAACCAUGUGUUGAUUGAUUGCGGACGUCAGAAAUUAGUUUUCCAAGAACCAGAAGGUUUUGAGGUGUCAACAUCGAAAGAAGUCUUGCAUGAUCUCAAGGAUGGAGGGAUUUGUUUUGCAGUGAUGGUGAAAGAGCAAAGAGAAAACACAAACGAGCAGAUCAGUGGAAUACAUGUGGUAGAAGAGUUCGCAGAUGUGUUUCCUGAGGAGGUUCCAGGAUUGCCACCAAGUCGAGAGGUGGACUUCGCAAUUGAUCUAAUACCAUGA